AUGAGAGUCACCAGGACGUAUUCACUGAUCGGUCUCCUGUCCCAACUCGCCCUGGCGAAAUGGCCAACAGUUGACGAGACUGCUUUCCGGGACGCUAUCGGCACCAAUGAGCAAACAUUGGUAGCAUAUAUUUUGAGCUCGGCAGAGAAGGGCAUGGUGCUUGCCGUAGACUGCUCCAACCAUGCAAAGCUAUGCCGCGACUUUGACAUCGUCUCCUUCCCUACCAUCAGGCUUCACCAGAAAGACGGUACAUUCGAACGGUAUCGUGGGCCACGGAGAGCCAAAGAAAUGCAAACUUACCUUGAGCGCAUGAAGAGAUCACCGAUAUCGGUGGUGGACGAGAACAACAUCACCACAUUUGCGAGCACAGAUGACAUAGUUUUCAUUGCUCAGUUCUCGGACGAAGACUAUGCCCUCGAAGACCGCUACAUGGAUGUUGCGUACCUGUACCGUGACCGACACUCUUUUGCUAUCGGACCGGUGGCAUCCCAUGGCUCGUCCCUGCAAUGUGUCAACAAUGCGAACCAGGAGCAGUUCUCCACCACACAGUUUUCAAACCCAGCAGCAAUCGAGAACUUCGUCAAGCAGUGUGCACGCCCAUUGGUGCCGGAGCUGACUAGGCGCAAUGAAGCCGAGUACAUGCGGGUGGGCAAGAGCAUCGUACACUAUUUUGUGGCCGCCGACGAGGAUCGAGACGCCUAUGUGGCCGAUAUCAAGCCCCUCGCCAAGAAAUUCAAGGACUACCUCAUCUUCGCAACCACGGACGUCACCCAGUACCCUGAGAUGCCGGCUGUCAUGGGCCACCAGGCUGCGUCGACAAAGGUAUUAGCAGUGUCGAGCCCCAGCACCGGCGGCGUCUACCCAUACAGGGGCAGCAAGAACCUGACGUCGGCGGUGGUCGAGGCGUUCUUGAAUGAUAUCAGCGCGGGCAAGGUCAAGCCUUGGGACGGGAUGACUACAUCUGAAGAUGGGGGAAUCACGCAUGAGGAGCUGUGA